AUGCUUAUCACAAACUCCAUCAUAUAUUUUAUGACCAAAACCCAAUAAUUCUACACAAAUAUUAAUAUUAAUACAUUUCAAUACUUGAGAUUCAUUCAUAUAAAACUCUUGUUGCUCUUUGAAAAUGACCCUCCACUACCACGUUCCUUACUUCAUUAUAUAAUAUUUAUGUGUGUAUUUAUGUAAUUCUCUCUCUCUCUCUUACUUUAUAUAUAAUCUAAUUGGAAUCUUCACCAGUUGUAAUCUCAUCCUUCUUUCUUCAGAUAAGAUUGGUGGUUGAGUCAUUUUCUUUUUUUUCGUUUCCUUUGGAGAUUAUAUUACAGUUUCAAAGGUGUUGGAUUGAUUCUUAAUGCUAUAAAAGCAUUUCUAUUUUACAUUCCACUGUAUAGAAAAUGGGGUCUGAAGGGCCUCCUGCAGUCACUAUUCAUGUGACCGGGUUUAAGAAAUUCCAUGGAGUUCCAGAGAACCCGACUGAGACCAUUGUGACCGGGAUCAAAGACUACUUGAAGAAGAAUGGCUUUCCAAAAGGCCUAAUCCUUGGGAGCUGCAGCAUUCUUGACACUGCAGGAGAAGGUGCACUUGAUUCCCUAAACAAGACCUUGCAAUCUUCAAUCACUGCUAAGGAUUCAGAAACUUCGAAUCCGGGGAGAGUUGUUUGGGUGCAUUUUGGAGUUAACAGUGGUGCAACAAGGUUUGCUAUUGAGCAUCAAGCUGUCAAUGAAGCUACUUUCCGUUGUCCGGACGAGAUGGGAUGGAAACCUCAGAAAGUACCGAUAAUUCCAGAGGAUGGUGCAAUUUCAAACAAAAGAGAGACUUCUGUUCCAGUUGAGGAGUUAACUAGUGCCCUUGUAUCUAAGGGUUACGAGGUGAUGACUUCAGAUGACGCUGGGCGUUUUGUAUGCAACUACGUUUACUAUCAUUCGCUUCGGUUUUCUGAGCAGAACAAAACGAAAUCGCUGUUUGUGCAUGUCCCGCUCUUCUCCACUAUCAACGAGGAGACCCAGAUGCGAUUUGCUGCUUCUUUGUUAGAGGUACUUGCUACUUUAUACUAGUAGUAGCCUGUUAUCGUCGAACGCAGCAGCUUACACUUGGUUGCAUUGCAUGAACACUUCCAUGUUUGUAAAAAGGUGGAUGGAUAUGCUUGUUAAAUGUUAAUUGAUAUGCUUUCAAAAAUUAAUAAAGUGGUAUUUCAAGGGGGAAAAUAUGUGUCCGCGAAACUUGCAUCUAAUGUAUUUUUCGUAGAUGUUAUGAAAAGGUUUCUGGCAACUCGCCGAGUUUGCUAAGGUUUAGUAGGUUUAUCUCUAUUACCAGGAUGCUGCACACUUUGUUAUUCUCUGCUUUUUCCUGUGAAUGAAAAUAUUAAGGUCUCACUUUCA